AUGGGCGGCAGACUCUCCAUGCCCAAAGCCGCCGAUGGCCUCUCCGAAGUUCCCAAGGCCAGCACCAACCGCCUGCACCGCAACAAGGGUAUCGUCAAUGGGCGCACCAUAAUGGCUCCUUUGGCAGCCUUCACCAUGGCAUCCCUCCUCUUUGUAUACGCCCGCACAUCGAUCCGCGCCGCAAAACUCAAUGCGCAAAAACAUCGCGAAGCCGACGGCGGCCAGAUUUCAUGGCACAAGGAGAGCAUGCGGAGACACGGCAUGGCGGAGAGACUGGAUGACGAUCGAGGCACGUUUAAGGAGGCACUGAUGGGCGAUGUCGCGAGGAGUCGGAAGGAGAGGUUGGAGAAGGAGAAGAGGGAGAAGGCGGAGAAGGAGAGGGUGGAGGAAGCCGGGACAGAGAGGAGUGAUAAUGAUAGGGAGUUGAGGGGGUUGUUAGGGAAGCGGGGCUGA